AUGUCGGAGAUCCCUGGGCUUCCUGUGCCGCGGAGUCGAUGGGUUGAGAGAGGCGAGAGCUGCGCAACAUGCGGGAAGAGAUUCUCCCUCUUCGUCGCCAAGUCAAACUGCCCAUGCUGCGGGAAACUCUGCUGCUCCGACUGCGUGCAGGCCGAGUGCGCCAUUGUGGACGGUGAUGUGCCGUCGAAGGUAUGUAUAGAUUGCUUCUCCAUGCUUCAGAGCAACCGUCCCACGGGGCCCGCGGCGGGUUUGCCGCUGCUUGAAGUUCGCGCCGCAUCUGCACCCCCGCCCCGGACGCCGACCCCCCCUACUGCACGGGGGCAAAGUGCGGGGGUGGCCCAUGUAAGGGCCGAAGGUGAUGGAAGGAGACACGACGUUUGGGGCGUUGGCGCGGGAAGCGGUUCGUCACCAGGGCUUCAACGGUACGUGGAUGACCUUCUGAACCGGUCGGAACUGCUGCGAAGAGAGAAUGACUCUUUGCUCAGACACCUCAGGGAACAAGGGCUCGAGCUCCAGGCCCUCCGUGUGGAGCGUGAUCGGGCUGCCGCCUCUGUUGCGCCAGGGAAAAAAGAUGCUUGCAACCAAACCGAGGCCCGGCUAACAUCCGAGGGGGAUGUCAGGAAGUUGCGUGACCAGCUGGGCGUGGCGCAUAUCCGCCUGGGGGCGAUUGAGACGGAGUUAAAGAAUGCAGUGGCUCGUGCAAACUCCAGCGAAGCGAGCGUGAAGCUUCUCCAAGAACGCAUCUGCAUGUAUGAAGACGAAGUGGCCCGACUACUAAAGUCCCAAAGAGGAGUGGGAACGGCUACAGGAGAUGUGCGUAAGGAGAUGCUGUCAACGCGGCAACUUCCUCCAUCCAUUGUGCAGGACACGGUACUCACCGUUGUCCCACCGAACCCUUGCGCUGCGCUGGGUUUGGAGGUUAAUCUGCGAGAUUGGAAAUUUGAUAGCUUUGAGGUGGCUUCGCGUGUUCCAUCUGUGCUUCAAAGCGUUGCGAUGAAUGUUGCGGAGGCGUGGAAUUUUUUUUCUUCCCAAGAUGAAGCUCAAACGUGGGCAAGGUUGGCCGCUGCCAUGGAAAACAAUUACAGACCAAACCCUUAUCAUAAUGCAACACAUGCAGCAGAUGUUCUUCAAGGCGUUUUUUCUCUUGUGACGGCCGCUACCCCUUUGAUGCAUCACGUGACACCUUUAGAACUUAAGGCGGUCGCCUUUGCUGCAAUGGCGCACGAUGUUCGUCAUCCGGGCCGCACAAACGCGUUCAUGGCCGCCGUGCAAGACCCAGUAAGUUACAAGUUUAGUGGCAACGGCAUCCUGGAACAGCUUCAUGCAGCAACCGCGUUCGAACUAUUGACUGUGCCCGAGUUUGACUUUACCAGUUCCAUGGACAAUGCGUCGUUUCUGGAGUUCAAGAACACUGUGACACACCUCAUCCUACGCACAGAUAUGACGCUGCACCGUGAGACUAUUGCGAAGUUGGGGGCAAAGGUGGGGACUGGCGGCUUGGAUUGCACACGUAAAGACGACCGUUUGGAGGCCCUUUCUUUUAUUCUGCAUGCCGCUGACAUUGGUGCACCUUCCCGUGGCGUGGUCAUUGCAAAGCGGUGGUUGGUGGUGCUGCAGGAGUUUGCUGAUCAGGCGGAAGACGAGCGUCGUCGCGGUCUUCCAGUGACGCCCGGUUUUGAUAAAACGUCCUCGGUGGAGAGUUCGCAGAUUCCUUUCCUCGACUUUUUUGUUAUCCCCACCUUUGAUUUGCUGCAGCAGCUCUUUCCGAGCAUUGAGGAGCCCCUGCACAACCUCCGCAAGUUGCGAGAGGUGUACGCCGCGGCGGCAGGCGUGACGACGCCGUUUCCCCCUCCGGUCAACUACCGGAGCCGUGAGGAAAAGUUACAGCGCAUGGAGGCGGAGCUCGCGGAGUAUCGCAGCCGUGGAGGGGAGAUCCACCGCCUUUUGGAGGAGGUGAAGGCAGCUGGUCUCAGACUAAGGAAGAAGUCUGCCGCCUUGAAAGUGAAGGAGGCGGAGCUGAGUAGCCAAAUGAAGUGCAAGGGGCAGGGGGAGGGGGAAUGGAGGCUUGGCUGGGCAAAGGCAGAGGAUGAGUUGCCGAGGGAACGGGAGGUGGCGGGGCUGCAAAAAGUGCCUGGCGCACCCCUGGCGACCGGGGGCGGUGACGGACUGCGAGACCAACUGGGAGGCAGUAGGGAAACGAUUGAGGCGUGUGAAUGCGGCGUUCAUGAACGGGAAGCGGCGUUGGCGGUGGGUGUGAGAUCGGUGGAGGUCGGAGAGAAAAGGUUGGUCACCUUUCCAGAAAAACUUGCAGGAAUUGCAGAGAGGCUGCAGGAGGAGCAGAAGCGCAGCGGAGAAACUGAAGGGCCUGCCUUUGCCUUUUCCCAUCGUCAAUCCGCGCUCGUGUCGACGGGGGAUAUAUCCAGCGAUAUGGCACGCCUGUCGUUGACUCAGCACGAGGCGGAGGAACGUCUUGCAAGGAAAUACAACGAGGUAGAUGAGCUGCUUCUAAUCGUACGAGCCAUGCGCAUGGAAUGUGCGGCACGAAGCAGUACGGACGUUCGGCGGCGGGCACUGUCUGCGACGCUUGCGGAACGUGAGGCGGCGAUCGCCGAGGCGGUUGAGCUGUCGCGGCAACGUCGUCGGCAUGUAGAAGAGGGAAAAGGGCGACGCCCCACUGCGACGCAACUGGACCGAUUGGAAAGCGCCAUCUUCCAGCUGAAGGCAGCCAUCACUUCGUUGUCUGAACGGUGA